AUGGCACAGUCCAUCCAUACGUCUACGCGCUCCGAAGACGAAAAGGAUGAGAAGUCCAUCGUCAACGCUGAAUCGCAGCCCCCUCCGUCGGAGGAGGCGCCGUACCUCAACCCCUACGGUCAAGCGCGCGCCUCCGAGACGUACAUCCAGUCUCGGGGUGUAACGCGCAUGGAGGCCGUCAGUCGUACUGCCCAAGGCAAGAAGGGCAGGGCGACUCUCUGGGCGAUUACGAUCUCCAUCGUCGUCUGUGCCUGGGCGUACUCUCUCGACCAGUCGACGACGGCCAGCUACGAGCCGCUCGCCACCUCCGACUACAACUCCCACAGCGGCGGUCUCGCGACACUGUCUAUUGCGACGAGUAUCAUCGCAGCAGUAGCGAAGCCCUUCAUCGCGAAAAUUUCCGACAUCACGUCCAGGCCGUACACUUACCUGCUCAUCAUCGUGCUCUACAUAAUGGGCUACAUCAUCAUCGCCGCCUCGUCCACGCUCUCUGCCUACAUCGUCGGCGCCGUCUUCGGUGCCAUCGGUCAGAGCGGCCUUGAUCUGCUGAACGACCUCAUCGUCUCCGAUCUCACCAGCCUCCAGUGGCGGCCCUUCGUCAGCUCUCUGCUGUCCGCGCCGUUCAUCAUCAACACCUGGUACGCCGGCGAGAUCGUCUCUGCGCUGAGCGAUAACGAGGGCUGGCGCUGGGGCUACGGCAUGUUCGCCAUCAUCAUGCCCGUCUGCAUCGGCCCUGCGAUCGCGGUACUCAUCUACCUCGACCAUCGCGCGCAGAAGCUCGGCGUCGUGAACAUUGCGUCCAGCAACCUCGAGCGCCGCCUCGCGCGCGAGCGCGAUGCUGCGGAGGGCAAGGAGGGUCCCCGUGGCCUCGUGACAUCCGCUGCACCGGGGGUCAAGGAGUCCUGGCCUCAGCUCCUGAGGCGCAGCCUCAUUGAGGUUGACGCCUUCGGUCUCAUUCUCCUUGCUUUCGGAUGGUGCCUUCUUCUGCUUCCGUUUUCGCUCAAGACGUACGCGAAAGGGCACUGGAAGAACCCGUCGAUGAUUGCCAUGAUGGUCGUCGGCGGUGUCUUCUUGAUCCUGUACACUCUGUACGAACGCUUCGUUGCAUCUUGCCCCAGCAGCCCGAGUCGCAUCCUCAAGAACAAGACAUUCAUGAUGGCUGUCAUCAUCGACUUCAUCUACAUGAUGGCUGGCAACCUGCGUGGGCUGUACCUCUCGUCCUACGUGUACAUCACGCAGAACUGGAGCGUGCGCGACUGGACGUACUACAACAACACCAUGUCCCUCUCGCUGUGCGUCUUUGGCAUUUUCAUCGGCCUCGUUAUGCGUUACACGCACCGAUACAAGUACUGGCAAGUCAUCGGCCUCAGCAUCAAGAUCAUCGGCAUCGGUAUCCUCCUCGACGGCCACCGCGCGACGAUCAAGCUCGGCGCGCUCAUCGCCUCGCCCAUCCUCAUCGGCCUCGGCGGCUCCUUCUCCGUCGUCGCCUCCCGCAUCGCGUCCCAAGCCUCCGUCCCGCACCAGGACACCGCGACCGUCAUCGCGCUCCUCUCCCUCUGGUCCAAGAUCGGCUCCUCCGUCGGCUCCGCAAUCGCGGCCGUCAUCUGGGCGGACCGCAUGCCCGUGUACCUGCGCGAGGAGCUCCCGUCGAGCGUGAACGACACGCAGGUGCUCAAGUUCUUCAGCAACAUCAAGCUCAUCAAGGUGUACGACUACGACAGCGAAAUCCGCCAGGGGGCGAUCCGCGCGUACGAGCGCACGCUGUGGUACCUCAUCGUGCCCGCGCUGUGCAUCUCGUUCGUCCCCCUCAUCGCGUCGCUCUUCCAGACGAACUACUUCCUCGGGAAGCAGCAGAACGCGGUGCACAACGUCGGGACGGAUGGCGAGGUCAUUCACGACGAGCGCGUCAAGCGGGAUGCGCUUGUCGAGUACGACACGACGACGUUCAAGGGCAAGUUCCUCAAGUUCUGGGCGGGGAAGUAG